AUGGCUGUCACGGAGUCCAGGUUGCCGCCGGACUUUAUUUGGGGAUAUGCAACUGCCAGCUACCAAAUUGAAGGUGCUCAUGACGAGGAUGGUCGACUGCCUUCCAUCUGGGAUACCUUCAGUAAGACUGCAGGAAAAGUAGAAGACGGUACCAAUGGCGACGUGGCCUGCGACUCGUACCAUCGUACGCACGAAGAUAUCGCAAUACUAAAGCAAUACGGUGCUAAGCUUUACCGCUUUUCAUUGUCCUGGCCUCGAAUAAUCCCCUUGGGUGGCCGUAAAGACCCAGUCAACCAGAAAGGACUGGAAUUUUAUUCGAAAUUUAUAGAUGAUCUCCAUGCUGCCGGAAUUGAGCCGUUUGUCACCUUGUUUCACUGGGACCUUCCAGAUGAGCUGAUGAAAAGAUACGGCGGUCCUCUGAACAAGGAUGAAUUCGUAGCUGAUUACACGAAUUAUGUCCGUGUUGUCUUCCAGAGUCUCGGACACAAAGUUAAGCACUGGGUCACCUUCAACGAACCCUGGUGUAGUUCUGUGCUAGGCCACAAUAUUGGUAAGCAUGCACCAGGGAGGACAAGUGAUCGUACGAAGAAUCCAGUUGGAGACGGCACGCGAGAACCCUGGAUCGUUGGCCACUCCCUGUUAGUGGCGCACGGUACUGCUGUUGAUAUCUACCGCAAAGAGUUCAAACAAAUACAGGGAGGAGAAAUCGGCAUUACACUUAACGGUGACUGGGCUGAACCUUGGGAUCCGGAAGACCCUGAGGAUAUUGAAGCAUGUACUCGCAAACUUGAGUUCGCUAUAUCUUGGUUCGCUGAUCCGAUCUACCUUGGGAAAUAUCCAGAUAGCAUGGUGAAGCAACUGGGUGAUCGUCUUCCACCUCUUACACCCGACGAGGUUUCACUGAUCAAGGGUAGCAAUGAUUUCUACGGAAUGAAUCAUUAUUGCGCCAAUUACAUCCGCCAUCGAGAAGGAGAACCCGACCCAGACGAUACCGCCGGAAACCUUGACCAUCUCUUCGAAGACAAGUUCGGUAACUCGAUUGGACCGGAGACUAAUUGCGAAUGGCUUCGUCCGCAUCCUCUAGGGUUUAGAAAGUUGAUGAAAUGGCUCUCAGAGCGUUACGGAUACCCGAAGAUCUACGUCACCGAAAAUGGCACCAGCAUCAAGGGAGAAAAUGAUUUGCCCCUAGAGGAAUUGGUUAACGAUGAGUUCCGGGCUCAGUAUUACCGGGACUAUGUUGGAGCCAUGGCCGACGCUGCUGCUAUCGACGGGGUCAAUGUCAAGAAAUAUAUGGCCUGGAGUUUAAUGGACAAUUUCGAAUGGUCUGAAGGAUAUCAGUCCAGAUUUGGUGUCACUUACGUUGAUUAUAAGAACAACCAGAAGAGAAUUCCAAAGAAGAGCGCUUUUGUCGUUGGAGAAUUGUUCGACAAAUACAUUACAAAAGACUGA